UCCAACAUGGAGUAACAAGAGAUGGGGCUCGUACGGGGCCACCCUCAGCAACAUCAACCCAUACUCACAACUACGGGAUCCAGGCUAUCUAAAUAAUCGUCUCAAAGUGAAGAAUAAGUCCGAAGCCAUUGACCCAGGGGGAUUUACACUUUCGGUGGAUCGGAACUUCCAUAAGUAAUUAGCUAGCGAGUAGCUAGCUAUCCAGCUUCAAAAAGAAGAAAAAGCACCAAGACGAAGGGGGGGAGGAAGAAAAUAAACACACAAAAGCUACAGGGAAAUGAAAUAGCUAGUACGCGAUGUGAAACAGCGGCGGAAUAGGGGGUAAAGGCAGCAAGAAAAUGAAGACCGCAGAGUGUAUACCCGCUGUGGGAAAUUGUUGUAGGUGAAACGGAAAAAAAUGACCGAAGAAACACACCCAGACGAUGACAGCUACAUUGUGCGUGUCAAAGCAGUGGUCAUGACCAGAGAUGACUCUAGCGGUGGCUGGCUGGCUCAGGAGGGCGGGGGGCUCAGCAGGGUGGGCGUCUGCAAGGUGAUGCCGGCCGAGCUGGCGGGGCGGAGCGACUUCCUGAUCUACGGGGAACGGCUGAAGGACAAACAGGUGAUUCUGGAAUGUUUCCUGAAGAAAGACUUGAUUUACACCAAGGCCACGCCUACAUUUCACCACUGGAAAGUCGACAACAGGAAGUGUGGCCUGUCGUUCACGAGUCCGGCUGACGCACGGGCCUUCGACAGGGGAGUGAGGAAGGCCAUCGAGGACCUGACAGAAGGAUCCACAACUUCCUCUUCAACAAUCCAGAAUGAGGUGGAACUGGGUGAUGAUGAUGUUUUCACGAACACCACUGACAGCUCCUCCAACUCGUCCCAGAGAAGGGAACCCCCUAUGCAGCCCCUGGCCUCCACCACGCUCUGCGAGCCUCACAGACAUCACUGCCUCCUGGGCCACCUCCACGACCAGUACCGGCCUACCGACCACUUCUUCAUGGAUCAGUCAGUGCCCACGUUCCACCGACACAUCCGGUUCCAGGACGAGGAUGAAGAAAUCGUGCGCAUCAACCCGCGUGAGCGGACGUGGCUGACGGGCUACGAGGACUACCGCCACGCCGCCGCCCGCGACAAGAUCAUCCGGCCCGAGGACGCGGACUCCUACGUGCACUUCGCCAAGAGCGAGCCCUCCAAGCACGACUACAACUAUCCCUACGUGCCCAACUCGGACCUCGGGCACCGGGACCUGAAAGCGGGCGGCGGCGGAGGGGGGCGGGACGGGGGCGUGAUCGGCACCCAGCCCCGCCCCUUCAAGCCCAAGGGCAAGCGGCGGAAGGAGGACGGCGAGCGCUCGCGCUGCGUCUACUGCCGGGACAUGUUCAACCACGAGGAGAACCGGCGGGGGCGGUGCCAGGACGCGCCCGACCCCAUCCGGACCUGCAUCCACCGGGUCAGCUUCAUGUGGUGCGCGGACAGCCUGCUCUACCACUGCAUGUCGGACCCCGAGGGGGACUACUCGGACCCCUGCUCGUGUGACACCGGCGACGAGCGCUUCUGCCUGCGCUGGCUGGCCCUCGUCAGCCUGUCGGUGCUCGCCCCCUGCAUGUGCUGCUACCCCCCCCUGCACGCCUGCUACCGCUGCGGCGUGGCCUGUGGCUGCUGUGGGGGCAAGCACAAGGCCGUGGGCUGAGGGACGGGA